AUGAAAUGCCUAGCUUUCAAACAUGACUCUAAAGUCUUAUGUGGGCCUGGGUGUUCGCCAUUAGAUGACACUGGACUCAGUGGGCCUGGGUGUUCGCCAUUAGAUGACACUGGACUCGGUGAGCCUGGGUGUUUGCCACUAGAUGAGACUGGACUCGGUGGGCCUGGGUGUUUGCAACUAGAUGAGACUGGACUCAGUGGGCCUGGGUGUUUGCAACUAGAUGAGACUGGACUCGGUGGGCCUGGUUGUUCGCCAUUAGAUUACACUGGACUCAGUGGGCCGCGACAUUCGCCAUUAGAUGACAGUGGACUCAGUGGGCCUAGAUGUUCGCCAUUAGAUGACACUGGACUCAGUGGGCCUGGGUGUUUGCCACUAGAUGACACUGAACUCAGUGGGCCUGGGUGUUCGCCAUUAGAUGACGCUGGACUCGGUGAGCCUGGAUGUUCGCCAAUAGUUGACACUGGACUCAGUGGGCCUGGAUGUUCGCCAUUAGAUGACGCUGGACUCGGUGAGCCUGGAUGUUCGCCAUUAGAUGACACUGGACUCAGUGGGCCUGGAUGUUCGCCAUUAGAUGACACUGGACUCAGUGGGCCUGGGUGUUUGCCACUAGAUGACACUGAACUCAGUGGGCCUGGGUGUUCGCCAUUAGAUGACGCUGGACUCGGUGAGCCUGGAUGUUCGCCAAUAGUUGACACUGUUCUCAGUGGACCUGGAUGUUCGCCAUUAGAUGACGCUGGACUCGGUGAGCCUGGAUGUUCGCCAUUAGAUGACACUGGACUCAGUGGGCUAGGGUGUUUGCUACUAGAUGACACUGGACUCAGCGGGCCUUGGUGUUCGCCACUAGAUGACACUGGACUCAGUGGGCCGCGACAUUCGCCAUUAGAUGACACUGGACUCAGUGGGCCUGGGUGUUCGCCACUAGAUGACACUGGACUCAGUGGGCCUGGGUGUUUGCCAUUAGAUGACACUGGACUCAGUGGGCUAGGGUGUUUGCUACUAGAUGACACUGGACUCAGCGGGCCUGGGUGUUCGCCACUAGAUGACACUGGACUCAGUGGUCCUGGGUGUUCACCACUAGAUGACACUGGACUCGGCGGGCCUGGGUGUUCGCCAUUAGAUGAGACUGGACUCAGUGGGCCUGGGUGUUCGCCAUUAGAUGAGACUGGACUCAGUGGGCCUGGGUGUUCGCCAUUAGAUGAGACUGGACUCAGUGGGCCUGGGUGUUCGCCACUAGAUGACACUGGACUCAGGGGGCCUGGGUGUUCGCCACUAGAUGACACUGGAUUUAAUUAA